AUGGCUAGUCAAUCGACUGGCAGCUCGUCGUUUAGUCGGCCGAGGCCUGACUAUCAGAAACCGCCUGAGAAUCGUCCACCUUUCAAGCCGAGACCGUGCUUCUACUGUGGUCAACUUGGUCAUAACUGGAACACGUGUGUGGUAAAAGAAAAGGACGUACAGGCAAAACGAGUUAUUCAGGAUGGACCGAAGCUCUUCUAUGGAGAUGGCACCCAGAUCCCAAGGUACCCCGAUGGGCUGAUUAAAGACAAAGUCGAGCGAUAUUAUCAGGAUAAGAAACAGACCAAUGUCUAUCUUCUUGAGCCUGAGCUCGGUGAUGCACCUGAACUUGAUGGACGGGGAUCUAAAUCGACCUAUACGGUUCAGACACAAGAUCCAAAAGAUGAAAGAAUCAGCCAACUUACUAGGAUGUUAGAGGAACGCGAUAUGGAUCUGAACAUCUUGCGUGAGAGAUAUGGGGCUAACCAAGCCACUGGCAGUGUUCCGACUCCCCAAUUUACUCAGAAGACGACACCAGUCGCACAAAAUGAGGCAUCCACAAGUAUGGAAUCGCUUGCAAGCCAGCUAAAGUCCCUACAAGAGUCGAUGAACAUAUGGGCCCACGAGCAGCUGGUUCAAACACGAUCCACAACUGCAAAGAAGGAGUCUCAGUCGGGUUUCUAA